CGGGCCUUCUCGCUUGUUACCACCAGCCGGCGGAAGUGCAGGGUCGGAAGUUGCGCGAUCGACCUGCGCCGACUCUGCGCCGCGCGCAGCCUGUGCGGAGGUGCUCGGUGCUGUUAUGGCUUCUAGUGGGAUGACGGUGAGCGCCUCCGGCUCGGCCAACGAGGCCCCCGAGGUUCCAGACAACGUAGGAGACUGGCUCCGCGGCGUCUACCGCUUCGCCACCGAUCGGAACGACUUCCGGAGGAACUUGAUCCUCAAUUUGGGACUCUUUGCCGCCGGAGUUUGGCUGGCCAGGAACUUGAGUGACAUUGAUUUGAUGGCCCCUCAGCCAGGGGUGUAGCCAAAUAAUGGAAUUCCUGUGUUGUACUCAAACUUCCCAAAGACAGCCUGCUGUCUAGGACCACAAGAUACUACCUGGUGGCAGCUGAAGUUGACACCUCUCCUUCUCUGAACCUCCACCCUACCCCUCCACCCCCAGGCAGCCCCCAGCUUCAGCUGAGAUGUUGCUUCUGCACAGUUCUGUGUGCAGUUCCCAAGUUUCUGCAGAGGGUGAUCUUUGCCCUUGUCCUGAGGAGUAGUGAUGGUUCUUGAGAAAAAUAUUUCAAAUAAAGCCUGCACACAAAGACA